AUGGUGAAGAAAGAGAAGAAGGCAAAGGGAAAGAAAUUGAAAAUGGAGAAGAAGUUGAAGUCAGGAAAGGGUGGAAAAAGUGACAAAGAAAAUGGGCGCAGUAAGAAGCCUAGUGGUGAGACAAUACGGUUGUACGUGGCCGUGUGUGGUGAUCCUCAAGCCGUCGAUUUAUUCAUGAAGAAGGCAAACAAGUAUCAGGUGAUACUUGACGCUAAUCCGGGCAAUGAUUCGAAUGGUAAAGUGGUUAUCAAAGGAGCUGACUUCUUUUUGUGUGUCUACGACGUUUGUGAUCGCAGGACAGUGGGGUUCCUUAAGAAAAAGGUCAUUCCAGAGGUCAAAGCAAUGAACAAGAAGAUGGCAAUUGCUGGAUUGGGUUUGGAAUGUAGGGGCAGUGGAGGAAAAGGUGAGACUGAGAUAGGCACGGCUGCACAAUUGGCCAGUUUUUAUGGAUGCAAGGGCACUGAACUCAUCUGCUGUGAUGGGCAUCAAAUGGCAGCAGGCACAUUCUCACUUUACACAGCUACGUGUCCGGAGAAAUUUAAGGAGAUUAGGCAAUUAAUUGUAGACCGAACCGAGGAAGACAGUAAGGAGGAGACGUCAAAGCAGGAGAAGACGAAGAAGAACGGUGAAUUGAAUGCUGCGGUAAAUAAGUAUCAGGUGCAGAUUUACGCUGAUCCUGGAAAUGAUCGGAAUGGUAAAUUAUUUGGCAUAGAAGCCGAUCUUAUCCUCUGUGUCUAUGAUAUUUGCGACCGCGAGACAGUCGAGUUCCUCAGAUACAGGGCACUCAAAGAGUUGAACAAGACGAUGGCGAUUGCUGGAUUGGGAUUGGAAUGUCGAGGCGGUGGUAGAUGCGGCGACACUGGGAUAGGAACAGCUGCUCAACUGGCUAGGUUCUACGGAUGUAGAGGCACUGAGCUUAUCAGCUGUGACGGACAACAAAUGGCAGCUGGCAUAUUCUCACUUUAUGCGGCUGCGUGUCCGGAGAGGUUCAAGGAAGUUAAUGAAGUCCCAGAUGAGGAAGAAAAGGAGCACUGGAGGAAGAAGAUUAUUAACCGAUUCUUCUUCUCCCUCUUUUUUGACUUCCAGGGACCUAGUAGUCCCCAGGACUUAGGAACAGGAUCUCUUUACUCCACAGUCUUUGUCUCUGCUUCCCUCGAAUGCAAAUAUGGGAAAAGUGUGAGCCUAAGUACUCAUCCCAAUAUUGCCAAUCCCUUCUGA